AUGAAUUCUAAGCAUUGUGAACAUCAUAUGAAUAAAGUUUUACCUUUAUUAAUAAUUUCAAGUGCUUUCAUAAUUCGAGAACUGCCAUUUGUUUCCAAAGCAUUAUGUUAUGAUCGUUUUUUAUAUCCUCCACCUAUUCUUUGCAUGGCUGUUAAAAAACCUGGAAAAUUUAUGUGGAAAUGCAAGCAGCUGCUUUGUAUCUCAUUUGCCAUUUUACUACCUUCACAAAGAGCAUUUUCAAUAAGAUUACAAAGCAACCGAAUAGGAUUACGUAAGGAGUGGGAGAACGAAGAUGUUUGA